AUGUCUUUCGAAUUGCCUGACCUGCCGUAUGCAUAUGAUGCCCUGGCACCUUACAUGUCUUCCGAAACCCUGGAGUUUCACCACGACAAGCACCAUCAGGCCUAUGUCACAAAGGGCAACGAACUGCUCGCAGGCAGCGGACUUGAAGGCAAGUCUCUUGAGGAGAUUGUCAAAGCAAGCUUCGGCAGCAAUGCUCCGCUCUUCAACAACGCCGGGCAGCACUACAAUCACAUUCAUUUCUGGAAAUGGAUGAAAAAGAAUGGCGGCGGCACAUCCUUGCCGGGUGCAAUUGCUUCGGCAAUCGACAGCGACCUUGGCGGAUACGACAAGUUCCGCGCCGAUUUCAUCGCCGCCGGAAUGGGCCAGUUCGGUUCAGGCUGGGCAUGGCUCGCUGUCAAGGAUGGCAAACUGGCAAUCAUGAAGACACCGAACGGCGAGAACCCGCUUGUUCAUGGUGCGGUACCGGUUCUCGGCUGUGAUGUGUGGGAGCAUUCCUAUUACAUCGACUACAGGAACGCCCGCCCGAAAUACCUGGAAGCGUUCGUCGAUAACAUGGUGAACUGGGACUAUGUCCUGGAGCUUUAUGAAGCUGCGACCAAGUAA